AUUGAAGGGAAACAUACACCCCGACCUUCAUUGACCCAAACCUCCAACCUCAAACUGGCACAUCUCCUGUCUCACUGCCCAUCGAGUCGAAAAGCUCUGCAGUAAAUGUCAACAUGUCCGACGCCGAUUUCGAGGCCGUCAAGCGCCUCCAGCAGGAGCGCAAUGCUGCCGCAGCCACGAAGUCGAAGGGCAAGGCUUUCGAUUCGUCCGACCAACGAGCCGAUACCAAAGCCUCUCUCACUGAUGCCAUGGACACCGAACUGUACAGUCGAAACGGCCUCGAUAAGUUUGCUGGUUACGACACGUCCAUCGCCGUCGGCGGUGAUGACGAGGAAAUGGACGGCAUGAACGGCGACGAUAGCAGCCGGCGGCUCGUGGGACAAUAUACAGCCACACGCGCGCAGAUGGACGAGUUUGCGCAUGGAGAAACGGAGGAAGAAGACAUCUUGAUGAGCCGGGAGAAACAAGCGCAGAUCGCGUCGCGCGAGACGGACUAUCAGAAACGGAGGCAUGAUCGCGGCCCACUCACACCGACGAGGGCAGAUGCAUUUGCGGCGAAUUCUCAAGCGGGCAUCCCGGAAGGCGAAGGUCAGAGCUAUCGCGAAAUCAUGGUGCAAAGGGAUAUCGAGAGAGAGGAGGAACGGGUCAAGCGGAUCCUCGAAGAUCGAGAGAAGAAGGGAGAGCCCAUGCAGAUCGAGCAUGAACCGACUUUGAAGAAGGAUACCAUAAGCGACAAGGAGAAUCGCGAGGCCGGCGCAGCCGUCGCGGUCGCCGCGGGGAGGAAGAGGAAGCAGAGGUGGGAUGUUGGGACGGAGACUCCAGCAGCGGCUGCGGACGAAGACACCGCGAAGCAGCAGGCUGCCAAGAAAAAGUCCCGCUGGGACGAGACGCCCGCUGCCCCUGGAACCGAAGCUGCGGAGGCACCGAAGAGACGAUCACGAUGGGACCAAGCUCCAGCAUUAGGCGGCGCGACGCCUGCCGCUGGCGCGGGGAUGGUAACGCCAGCGCAUCCUUCCAGUGGCUUCGGAACCGAUAUUUCGGGUCGGGCAGCAGCUUUUUCGGACGAAGAGUUGGACAUGCUGCUUCCGUCUGAAGGAUACAAGAUCCUCGAGCCGCCGCCAGGGUAUCAGUAUACCCAGGCUGGGGUACGUCGCGCGGUUCCGAUACAGCAAACGCCCACGAGCGGAUACGGAGGGUUCAUGAUGCAGGAGCCGGCGAAUGAGAGGAUGCUGGGCAAACAGCUACCAACGGAAAUUCCUGGCGUGGGGGACUUGCAAUUCUUUAAGACUGAAGAUAUGGCGUACUUCGGGAAGCUAGUCGACGGAGCGGACGAGAACGAGAUGUCUGUUGAAGAGUUGAAAGAGCGCAAGAUCAUGCGACUACUACUCAAAGUCAAGAACGGCACACCGCCAAUGCGAAAGACUGCCUUACGACAGCUGACCGACAACGCCAGGCAGUUCGGUGCCGGCCCCCUGUUCAACCAAAUAUUACCACUGUUGAUGGAGAAGACAUUGGAGGAUCAAGAACGACAUUUGCUAGUCAAGGUUAUUGAUCGCAUCCUCUACAAGCUAGACGAUCUAGUCCGACCAUACGUGCACAAGAUAUUGGUCGUCAUCGAGCCACUGUUGAUCGACCAGGACUACUAUGCGCGAGUGGAAGGCCGAGAAAUCAUCUCGAAUCUUAGCAAGGCUGCUGGUUUAGCACACAUGAUCAGCACGAUGCGCCCGGAUAUCGAUCACGUUGACGAGUAUGUCCGAAACACUACAGCGCGCGCCUUUGCGGUCGUCGCGUCUGCCCUCGGUAUUCCCGCACUUCUACCCUUCCUGCGAGCGGUUUGUCGAAGCAAGAAAUCAUGGCAGGCCCGACACACCGGUGUCAAGAUUGUGCAGCAGAUUCCGAUCCUCAUGGGCUGCGCCAUCCUUCCCCACCUCAAGGGACUGGUUGACUGCAUCGGCGACAAUCUCAACGACGAGCAAGCGAAGGUUCGGACCGUCACGUCGCUGGCCAUCGCUGCGCUGGCGGAAGCGGCGAAUCCGUAUGGUAUUGAGAGCUUUGACGAGAUCCUGAAUCCGCUUUGGACAGGCGCCAGGAAGCAACGCGGCAAGGGAUUGGCGGGCUUCUUGAAGGCCGUGGGAUAUAUCAUUCCGCUGAUGGACGAAGAAUAUGCCAACUACUACACCAGCCAGAUCAUGGAAAUCCUUCUGCGAGAGUUCUCUUCACCCGACGAGGAGAUGAAGAAGGUCGUGUUGAAGGUCGUCUCGCAGUGCGCGAACACUGAGGGUGUGACUGCUGGCUAUCUCAAGGAGACCGUUCUCCCCGAUUUCUUCAAGAGCUUCUGGGUCCGGCGCAUGGCGUUGGACAAGCGGAAUUAUCGUCAAGUGGUCGAGACGACGGUGGACCUUGGCCAGAAGGUUGGUGUUGGGGAGAUCUUGGAACGAGUCGUGAACAACCUCAAGGACGAGAGUGAGCCGUACCGGAAGAUGACCGUCGAGACGAUCGAGAAAUUGGUGGCCAGUCUCGGUGCCGCUGAUAUUGGUGAGAAGCUGGAGGAGAGACUGGUCGACGGUAUUCUUCACGCGUUCCAGGAGCAAAGUAUCGAAGACAUCAUCCUCCUCAAUGGCUUCGGAACCGUCGUCAACGCACUUGGCACUCGAUGCAAGCCAUACCUGGCUCAAAUCGUCAGCACUAUUCUCUGGCGCCUCAACAACAAGGCUCCUACCGUCCGACAGCAGGCUGCCGAUCUCGUAUCACGCAUCGCUAUGAUCAUGAAGCAAUGCGGCGAGGAUCACCUCAUGGGAAAACUCGGCACGGUCCUGUACGAGUACCUAGGAGAAGAAUACCCCGAAGUUCUCGGCUCCAUCCUCGGUGCCCUACGCUCCAUUGUCACCGUCGUCGGCAUCAACCAAAUGCAGCCUCCCAUCAAAGACCUCCUUCCCCGCCUCACCCCCAUCCUCCGCAACCGGCACGAAAAAGUGCAAGAAAACACCAUCGACCUCGUCGGCCGCAUCGCUGACCGCGGCCCCGAAUCCGUCAACGCGCGCGAAUGGAUGCGCAUCUGCUUCGAGCUCCUCGACAUGCUCAAGGCCCACAAAAAGGGCAUCCGCCGCGCCGCCAACAACACCUUCGGUUUCAUCGCCAAGGCCAUCGGCCCGCAGGACGUCCUCGCCACCCUCCUCAACAACCUCCGCGUCCAGGAACGCCAGUCCCGCGUCUGCACCGCUGUCGCCAUCGGCAUCGUCGCCGAGACCUGCGCCCCCUUCACCGUGCUCCCCGCCCUCAUGAACGAAUACCGCGUUCCCGAACUCAACGUCCAAAACGGUGUCCUCAAAUCCCUCUCCUUCCUCUUCGAGUACAUCGGCGAGAUGGCGAAGGACUACGUCUACGCUGUUACCCCGCUGCUGGAGGACGCGCUGAUCGACCGCGAUCAGGUGCAUCGGCAGACCGCCGCGUCGGUCGUCAAGCAUGUGGCGUUGGGCGUCGUGGGCCUCGGAUGUGAGGACGCCAUGCUGCAUCUUCUGAAUCUGCUCUUCCCGAAUAUCUUCGAGACGAGCCCGCACGUCAUCGAUCGGAUCAUCGAGGCGAUCGACGCGGUGCGGAUGACGGUGGGGAGCGGCAUGGUGAUGAACUAUGUGUGGGCGGGCUUGUUCCAUCCGGCGAGGAAAGUGCGGCAGCCGUAUUGGCGGCUGUACAAUGAUGCGUACGUGCAAAAUUCCGAUGGGAUGGUGCCGUACUAUCCGAACAUGGAGGAUGAGAAGUUGGCGAGGCAUGAGCUUCUCAUCGUGCUAUGAACGUGGUCCAAGGACCGGGGGAAUGGUUUAAUGGCGUUAUUCGUGCUUGGGGAGAAAGGAAUUGCGUAAUUGUUUAAAUAGGCGAGCGUCGCAUAUCACCAGCGAUCAUGGUUUGCAACUUACAUAUUGCUGUUCCUUUUAGUGUCCGGAUAAUGUACAGAAAGCCCUUUUCCUGUACCGAAGUACCUGUGC